CUGACGUCACAAGUCCUGCGCCUCCCGCUCCUCUUCGGGCCUGCGUUCGAACGGAAGGUCGUCCCUGUGACCGACUAGGUAGUUGGAGCAGCUGUCGCCAUGUUGUCGGUCGCUGCCCGCUCGGGCCCGUUCGCGCCCGUCCUAUCGGCCACGUCCCGCGGGGUGGCGGGAGCGCUGCGGCCCCUGCUGCAAAGCGCGGUGCCCGCCACCUCGGAACCACCGGUUCUGGACGUGAAGCGACCCUUCCUGUGCCGUGAGUCGCUGAGUGGCCAGGCCGCGACCCGUCCUUUGGUGGCCACAGUGGGCCUGAAUGUUCCUGCUUCUGUUCGUUAUUCCCACACAGACAUCAAGGUGCCCGACUUCUCUGACUAUCGCCGUGCUGAAGUUCUAGAUAGCACAAAAUCUUCUAAAGAGAGCAGUGAGGCUAGAAAAGGCUUCUCUUACUUGGUAACUGCAACUACUACUGUGGGCGUUGCAUACGCUGCAAAAAAUGCAGUCUCCCAGUUUGUUUCCAGCAUGAGUGCUUCUGCAGAUGUACUGGCCAUGUCGAAGAUCGAGAUCAAGUUGUCUGAUAUUCCAGAGGGGAAGAACAUGGCUUUUAAAUGGAGAGGCAAACCUCUGUUUGUGCGCCAUAGAACCAAGAAGGAGAUCGACCAGGAAGCUGCAGUUGAAGUGUCCCAGUUAAGGGACCCACAGCAUGAUUUAGAGCGUGUAAAGAAGCCUGAAUGGGUUAUUCUGAUCGGUGUCUGUACUCAUCUUGGUUGUGUACCCAUUGCAAACGCAGGAGAUUUUGGUGGCUACUAUUGCCCCUGCCAUGGGUCACACUAUGAUGCUUCUGGCAGGAUCAGGAAGGGCCCUGCACCUCUCAACCUGGAAGUACCUACCUAUGAGUUCACCAGUGAUGAUGUAGUUGUUGUGGGUUAGACACUUGGACUCAGGGCCUAGGUUUCUUUCAGUCUUCAUGUCCCCUCAGAAGAGUUGAGAGUAAGCCUUGUGUACUUCUAGGUUGGUUGAUUUAAAAUAUUUAAGAAUUGUUAAUAAUUAUUGGCAAACAUUAAUGUGAAGUAAUUGAAUUCACUGUUAAAUAUUAUCAAGCAUUAGCAUAAUAAAACCACUGUUGAACAUCAUUAAAUUCAGUCACAGACUGGAAAGGUGCAAUGUCUUUGAUAGUGAAUUCUAAUAAAACAUUACAGAUUGUUGUACAACAUAGUUGUGAAAUCUAUAAUUGGAGUUGUCAUUAUCUAAAUUUCUUUUCAUAUCUUGGACUUGAGAAAAGGUGGAGACAUCAUUUUCUACUUCAAAAUGGAUGGGGAAAUCAUUUUUGAUAACUAAUAUUUUUCUGCGUUGAUAUUAAACUUUUCACAACUAUGGAA